CUCACAGCAGCAUUUCUAUUUACGGCAAAGAAUAAUGACAUACAUGAAAUACGAACCAAGCGCGAGAUGUUGAUGAACAAAACGAACAUGGAGUUUAUGUUUAAAUUGAAGUCGUCGUAUUGCUCAAACAGUGUUUUAGGGUACGUUAGUACAUUCAACAUUGGAGAACCAAAUCUUCGCUGGAGCGACUGCCAAGCGACAGGCUGACAAACUCACAAAGAUUGAGUUGAGUGUGAUUAUGGCACCAUUCACCAUUUCCCCACAUCGUCCACUGCCAUAUCAGUGCCGUUUACCUCAGGAAUCUCUAUUCAUGCAAUCCAAGAUGAGUCCUGAGAUUUUGUCCAGUAAACCUGGAACGCAUCAAGAUCUACAUCUUAAUUAUUAUCGCAAAACGUCCAUCAUGAAGAUCAGACUCCAUCUGUGGCAGGUCAUCCAAAGAGUUGUGAACUGCUGUACGAGUGUAGCAAAGCUUUUCUGCUCCAAGAUGUUUUUCUUCAUUUGUGUGGGAAAAAACAUGACCAUGACCGGCGAGUUGAAGAAGAGAGGUGUGGAGGCCCUGGAAAGGGAAAUCUGGGAUGGGAAGGAUCCAGAGAUGAAGGUUGUUAUGAAGUUAGAUGAUGAGGAUGAGUUGAUCGAGCCUGCUGUUGAGCGGGAAUCCUCAAUGAUUGAUUCGGAUGAAGAGGAAGAUGAUGAAGCCAGCCUCUCAGAAUGGGAGUCUGAUGAAGAAACUGAUGAGGAAGAAGAUGAUGAGGACAAUGAAGAGGAAGACUGUGAGCCACAGGAUGUGGAUUCUGAAUGGUCAGAUGAUGAUGAUGAUGACUCUGAGGCAUCAGCUGAGAGCCUUGAGCUUUGGGAAUCCUUCCUCAACAGCAAUGACCCCUACAACCCUCUGAGCUUCUGCUCGUCCACCGGCUCCAGGACAAACACUAAGCAGAACCUACUAACUCUGAGCUCACAGAAUAAAGCUCAACCUACACCAGCUACAAGGCCAGAAGAGUGUCAUCCAAAACCAAACUCAAAGGAGGGAGGGAAGAAGGUGUGUUUCAGUGAUAAGGUGACUGUACACCCCCUGGUGGCUUGGAGUUUUGCUAGCAGGGAGGCACGGGACGGCUCUUGCUGGCUGCAGAUGGCCAGAGACCGAGAGCGUUUCAGAAGAAGAGUGGAGAACAUUGAGAAUGUCAUUAAACCCUGCCUGACACCUGAACACAGAGCCAGCGUGUGGGAGAGACUUCAGAGAAACACAUUGUCAUAAUACUCCAGGUUUAUGCAUUAUUAACAUAAUGUAGCAGUCGAACUAGAUGUUUGAAAUAUGCUGUUUGUGGUGCUUUAUCUCCGAACACUGAAUGUUGUUGUUGUUUUUUACUGUGUUAUUUAUAUAUUUUCAAUAGUGUGGUGAAUUUUAUUUUUAUGGAUCUUUGUCUUAUUGGUGUUUCGUUUUAUAUAAUAUUUUAUAUUCAUAUUAUAUUUGCACAUGUAUCAUUUUAUUGUUCUACAAAACACUGUAAUUCUUUACACAUUUCAUAUUUUAUAGAGUGGCAGUUGAAAAAGAUUAAACUUUUCCAACAUUUA